AUGGAAAAAGAAAGUGGACAAAUCAGACGAAAAGCACUUGGCCGUGGUGGCGAGCUUGGCACGCUGUAUGAUGCUCGUACGGAUAAACUUCUACUUGGAAAUAUCUUCAAUAGUAAGCUACCUGAAGAUGCUCUGUGCGAAAUAGACUGCCACAAAUCGGAUUUCAAAUAUGAUGAGUCGAAUUCAUGGUCCACAACACUAGAAAAGCUGAAUAUUGAAGCCGAGCUCAAGCUGAACAUUCUCUCGGGACAGGUAGACAUCGAAGGAAAUGGCAAAUAUCUAAAAACAGUGAACAAAAGUGCACGAGUUGAUCGAGUCACUCUCUCGUGUAUGUAUCAGACAACACGACAAUCGGUACGGAUUGGCUUCAAAGGUGCCAGUGAAUGUAUUUGUUCAAUUGCAUUCGAAGAUACACAAGCAACACAUGUUAUUACAGACAUUUUAUGGGGUGCUAACGUAUUUGCUACUUUCGAUCUGCAGAAAACGACAAAUAGCACACAAGCUGACGUUUCAGGAAAACUUAAAGCAUCAAUAACAAAGUGUGCGGCAUUGCUCAAAGCGGAAGGCGGUGUUGAGGCUGGUUUUCAAGAUCAUGAGGAUUUCGAAAAGAAUCAGCUCAGUAUUCACUUUUCUGGUGACAUCGAAAUGGACAAGAUACCGAUCACUUUUCAUGACGCCGUAGCCAUGAUUCCAGAGAUUCCAAAUAAAUAUAAAAAACUUAAUCAGGGGCGUGGCGUUCAGAUCGAAUACACAUUCAGUCCGAUUGAAGAAGUGGCUCGCUACGUACGUGACAAGCUGCCAUCACGAUUAGAAUCGACCAUCAUUAUGAAAAGUAGCGAUGCACUGGUCAAACGCAUCGAGUAUACGUUCGAUGAACUUUUACAAGAAAGCCGCGAGAUUUACUCGUGGAUCGAGACUUUCAAUUCGUUUCGUGAUCAUUUGCCAAGAAAAGACAUGUCGAAUGUUACACUGGCCAAGGUAGAUAUGGAUAGUGCUAUGGCGAAUUUUCGUCAGCAGCUUCGUGAAUAUCUGGUGAUGCUAAGAACGAAUGCUGAAGAAGCAAAAAGAACCGAGCAACUUAUCUACAAGUUGUUGAAGGAACAACUGGAAGGUGCUAACAAGACAACAAGAGCAUUCGUUGAUACUUAUCGCGUAUUAAAGAACAAAUGUGAGGUAGUUCAUCGAUUUCUUGAAUUGAACAUCGAAUGUUCACUGUUGAGCACGACAUUACGCGAAUCAGAAUUGCAAAAUCAAGAUGUGCAUGUUCUUCGAACCAGUACAUAUCUUCAACAGGUGAAACCUGAUGAAUUUGACGAGCAGUGCGAACAUCUGAUCGUAUUACGAAAAGAUAAGAAAAACAACAAUGCGCGAUUCAUUCUACUAGAUUACGACGGUAAUAAGUCGGGUCUAACAACCACAUUCAUUCAGCAUUACCAAAAACAAGCAAGUGAGUAUCGCGCUAAUAUUGAUGUUUUGCAGCAUGCUUAAGUCGAUUUAUCGGAGCAUUCGUUUUGCAGCAUACAGUGUGAUACCCUUCAUACAGAAGAAUCCCUUUCAGCAAUGUCGAUGUUGAAUUAGAUCAACAUUGUUUCUGAAAAGUUUGACUCCGACCACUAGAGAACUGCAAAUCGGACCCGGUCGGGUCUAGACCCGGACCCGGUGUUUUUUUUUCAUGAGGGUGAAAAUUUGAAAAAGAGAUCACGUAAUAUUUGACACAUUCAUCAUAUUCCAGCCAUUUCAGAUAGUUGAUUCAAAUAUUACGUGAUCAUUUUUCAAAUUUUCACCCCCAUGAAAAAAACCACCGGGUCUAGACCCAGAACCCGGUUGCCAUGGAAAUGCAGCUCUCUACCGAUCACACUCACGCCAGAAUGCAUUGAAACCUAUCUAUGAACAAGUCACAAAUUCGUUUCUUCUUGCAUUAAGCAUAGGAACAAUUUUUGGAGAGAUGAAUAAAAGAGUUCCUCGUAUUGCAAAGGACUAGAGCAAAUAAGACUAUAUAGCGGUCUUCUUCUGAAUUGACUCGUUUUUGUCCGAUUCAAGUCAACCAUGGCCUCUGACCAUAUUUCAGGAGUUAUUUUCCCGAAAACCACUUUCAGGUUUUACAUCCCUGCGGCUCUCCCCAGGUCUGAUGAAAAACUUUCUAUUUUCAAACUGAUCCAAAACCGCAUACGGUUAUAUAGUGAUAGAUGCUGAUUACGAAUAUCAUAAUUAGAGCUCAUGAAAUCUCAUUGCUUCAUAAAUAGCCGGGACCAUAUAGUAGGUCGCAAAGUCACAUUUCGGAGUUCUCAUGCACAAACCAAACGAAAAUGUUUGAACAAAACCUAGGCGGCACGGACUCAAGAGUUUGCUCUCUACUCGAAUCUGAUAUUUUUCGAAACAAAAAUAUAAAGUUUCAACAAAACAGGCCAAUGAUGGGGUGAAAACGACU